GCGACCAAUGACCGCCCGCCCCGGGCCGGCGAAAGGUUUUAUAUACAAGUGGAAUUCGCACUUCCAAAUUGCUAUAAGUCAAAAUAUAGGGUAGUCGGGCGGUUCACUCGUUCGUCGUGCAUUCGCCGAGCGUGCGUUCGUCGGUACCGUCGUCGACUUAAAUAAUUUUCAGUGCGCGUGUUUCGUGUCAGUUAGGAUUACACCAGAAAACUUGUGCCAUCGGGUAAAUGCGCAGCCGCUGGAGGGCUUUAUAAUACAAACGACAUCGAGGCGAUAAACUUUGUGUGAUAACAUGGGGUGCAGUGGAAGAUACUGUUUACUGACUCUAUUCUUGUGUCUAGUGACUGAGCUUGCUCUCGGUGUCAGAGUGGUGCCCAAGCGGAAGAAAGAGGCAAUCAACGUGCCAGACGACCAAUCGACAUCUGCAUCAUGGUGGCAGGCAGGGACAGCGACGCCGUUCCGUGAGAGUUCUAAUUCAUUCUCCUCCACACACGGACUGGUCCAGACCCAUCCUACCGCAGAUGAUCCAUUCGGCUCCUCUUUCGGAGGCAUUGGAAGCACCAUUGGACCCUCAUCAAACCCCUACGGCCACAGCGGCAGCGGUCCGCUCAGCGGGGGUGUAAGAAACAACCCCCUGCCCUCAAUCGCAAGGAGCGCCAAUGGAAAAUUGUCUUUGAAACAUCUUGACUUUACUAGCAGCGCAACCGCUGAGUUGAGGAGGAACCCAGCUUUAUCCGCUCCUGAUGAGUGCGCCAGAGCUUGCAGGGAGAAUGAACCGCCAAGGAUCUGCUAUUACCACUUUACGUUGGAACUGUACACUGUUUUGGGAGCAGCCUGCCAAGUAUGUACUCCAAACGCUACCAACGUAGUUUGGUCUCAUUGCCAAUGCGUCCUCGCUGAUGGCGUAGAGAGAGGUAUCCUCACGGCCAACAGAAUGCUUCCCGGACCUUCCAUUCAAGUCUGCGAAAACGAUAAAGUAGUUAUCGACGUUGAGAACCACAUGGAGGGUAUGGAGGUGACCAUCCAUUGGCACGGAAUUUGGCAGAGAGGCUCCCAGUACUACGACGGUGUGCCGUUUGUCACGCAGUGUCCGAUCCAACAAGGGAACACGUUCAGGUACCAAUGGCAAGGCAACGCUGGUACUCAUUUCUGGCACGCUCAUACCGGUCUUCAAAAACUCGACGGAUUGUACGGCAGCAUCGUAGUGCGCCAACCGCCGUCCAAAGACCCCAAUAGUCACCUAUACGACUACGAUCUGACCACCCACGUAAUGCUGAUCAGCGAUUGGCUGCACGAAGACGCUGCCGAGAGAUAUCCCGGUCGUCUCGCCGUAAAUACCGGUCAAGAUCCCGAAUCCGUAUUAAUUAACGGGAAAGGACAAUUCAGGGAUCCCAACACCGGGUUCAUGACGAACACCCCGCUCGAAACAUUCACGAUCACAGCGGGUAGACGCUACAGGUUCAGAAUGAUCAAUGCUUUCGCGUCUGUGUGCCCGGCCCAAGUGACUUUCGAAGGCCAUAACCUAACUGUAAUCGCAACUGACGGUGAGCCGGUGCAGCCUGUACAAGUCAACACUAUCAUCUCGUUCUCAGGCGAACGAUACGACUUUGUCAUCGAAGCGAACAAUAUUCCUGGAGCAUAUUGGAUCCAGGUCCGAGGUCUCGGAGAAUGUGGUAUAAAGAGGGCCCAACAGUUAGGAAUCCUCAGGUACGCACGAGGACCCUACCAGCCCUCGUCCCCAGCACCUACUUAUGACAUCGGCAUCCCUCAGGGAGUGGUUAUGAACCCCUUGGACGCAAGAUGUAAUAUAUCAAGAAACGACGCGAUUUGCGUCAGCCAAUUGAAAAACGCGAAGCACAUUGACCCAGCUAUCCUACAGGAAAGGCCUGACAUUAAAAUCUUCUUGCCGUUCCGUUUCUUCGUAUACGGACCUGAGACAUUAUUCCAACCGAACACUUAUAACAGAUAUUUGGUUGCCCCCAGCGGUGACCACGUGAUAAGUUUGAUAGACGAAAUCUCGUACAUGUCUCCACCCGCGCCUCUGCUCAGUCAGUACGAUGACAUCAACCCCGAACAAUUCUGUAACGGUGAUAACAGACCGGCUAACUGCGGACAGAACUGCAUGUGCACACACAAAGUGGACAUACCAUUGAAUGCUGUUGUGGAAAUAGUAUUAGUAGAUGAAGUACAAAUAACGAACUUAUCUCACCCGUUCCACUUGCACGGGUACGCUUACAACGUGAUCGGUAUCGGCCGGUCGCCCGACCAGAACGUUAAAAAGAUUAACUUGAAGCACGCUCUCGACCUCGACAGAAGAGGUUUGCUCGAACGUCACCUCAAGCAAGGAGACCUGCCCCCAGCGAAAGACACUAUCGCAGUUCCGAACAACGGUUACGUCAUCUUACGUUUUAGAGCGACAAACCCCGGCUUCUGGCUCCUCCACUGUCACUUCCUGUUCCACAUCGUUAUCGGCAUGAGCCUCGUGCUCCAAGUGGGCACCCAGGCCGACCUGCCACCAGUGCCUCCCGGCUUCCCCACCUGCGGAGACCACUUGCCCCCCAUCCCGCUCCACUAAACUGUUCCUACACCAUCCCAAUUACCAUGUGCAAAGAUAAGUACAUCGCAGUUGAUUUAAUAAUGUUAACUAAGUGUAAAUUUAUGUUUGUUUUGUGUGAUGUGUCCGGUGGAUUCGAAGUGCUCGAUUCCGCCGUUUGUGUUUAUUUUGUAUUAGAAUGAUUCUAGGGGAGUUUUUGAUGGUUUGUGAUUUUAUUUAAACGGUGAUACGCUGUUAUUACGUGUUGAUUUCAAUUUUUUAUGCCAUAUUCGGUGAUAUUUACGUAAUUAAUAAUAAUAUCGCCUAAAAUAUGUUCUUCGAGGCUGGUAAAUCAUAUGUUUUAACGUAACAUUGUCUUGUUCGCCCAGUAACUAACAACUUGCCAUUAUAAUUUUCAUGAUUGAUAUUUAUUACUUGUAUAUAUUUUAAAUUUACUUAUAAGAUGUACUUGCUUUAGAAUUUUAAAUGUUGGUCAAAUUUCUAACCAAUAUGCAUGCGAUACAUAUGUCUAACGAAGAUGUAAAUAACUGCAUCACUAUGUAAAUACACAUAAACGUAGUUCGAGAAGUCUGUCACACAUCCAUAAACAAAUAAAGACUGUAUAUAACUAGAAACUUUGUAGAAAGUAGACGUACUUACUGGUUACCACACAAGUUACCGUUAUAUUAAGAAAAUUGUAUUUAGUACUAUUGCUAUUUGUGAAACAGUGUGUGAUUUUUUUCCAAAAAAUAACAAAACUUUAGCAAUUGUAUAAAACAUUGGCCAUGCCUAGUUUGUAAUUAUCGAAUAAACAAAAUAACAACGAAAUCAUACAUAUAUCAAAACAAUAAUGUAUUGCAAAAUGAUAAAAGCAAAGUAUAACAUUAUAUCAUAUUAUUUUAAGAGUAUGAAAUUUUAUACCAUUCAAUAAAAUGUAUGAAAAAUAAAA